CGACAAUCCAUCGAAUUCAAAUCCACAAACCAAACUACCCUUAUUUUGUUCUCUCCUCCACUAAUUUUCACACAAGAAGACCAUGAAACCCCACAUUCCCAUCAAAACAAAACACAACCUCCUUUCUCUUUCUGGCUCUGUCUCUUCAUGCCCUCCCAUUUUGCAAGCUGUAAAAAAGAGGUAAUGACUUAGUUAGCCUUUACCCCACCACACCUUAUUAUUCCUUCUCCCACAGACAAAAUGGUUUCAGCUUAGCUGCAAACAAAAGAAACUUCCUUCUUCCCCACCUUCACAAAGCUCCAUCCUCUCAACAUUGGCCUGGUAUUGAAGUCUUCCUUAAAGCUCCAAACUUUCAUCGAGCCCUUCUCAUAACAUGGUCCCCCUUCCAAAAUUUCUAGCAAUGUCACAGUUUGCUCUUCUGGGUUUUGUGUUUUGCAGGCAUGGCAGGAAGACUAUCAUAACUGCUGCUGCUAUGGAUUUUGGUGUUGAGACUUUGAGCUUGUGAAAAGGGGGAAAGGGAAGAACUUUGUUUUUGUUUAAGGGUUUUAAAUCACUAAUUAGAUAACAAUUAUAGUAAUAUAUUAGUACAAAGAAUGCCAGUUCCUCUUGCACCUUAUCCAACUCCACCAGUUGCUCCAUAUAAUCCUCCUCCUCCACCUCCUCCAGCUGCUGCUGCCAAUGGUGGACAAAGCCAGCUAGUGUGUUCUGGAUGUAGAAAUCUGUUGCUUUUCCCAGUUGGGGCAACCUCAGUUUGCUGUGCUGUCUGCAAUGCAGUCACUGGAGUUCCUCCUCCUGGCACAGAGAUGGCUCAGCUGGUAUGUGGAGGCUGCCACACUUUGCUCAUGUACAUUCGUGGCGCGACAAGUGUCCAAUGCUCAUGCUGCCACACUGUCAAUUUAGCCCUGGAAGCAAACCAAGUGGCACAUGUGAAUUGUGGGAACUGCAGGAUGCUGCUGAUGUACCAGUAUGGAGCUCGAUCUGUCAAAUGCGCAGUCUGCAAUUUCGUUACAUCAGUUGGGGCCUCUGCAAGCACUCCAGAGCAGAAAUUCAGCACUGCUUGAUCUUGUGGUUUCACUUGCGAUCUUUUACUAAGUACUCGUCGACAACAAUUGAAUCAAAACGCCAGUGGCGUGGAGCAAUGAAAACUUCAACUCCAAGUCACAAUGUAUAGAGUUGAUCUUCCCCCUUUGUAACUUCCCUUUGAAUAAACCAGUUUUGGAGAAGUUUGUGGUUAUUUGCACUAUAUAACUACUAUAAAAAAGUUUAUAAUGUUGAGAUAAGGAGUAGAUUUCUGUUUUGGAAAUGGAAAGACUGGACAAUCUCAAUGGCUUGGAAGUCACAUAGACACAUAAUGGUGGUGGCCCAAAAGAGAUAUUUAGGAACAGAAAGACAAGGUUCUGGGAAAAAAGGGUAUUUGUGGUUGAAAGCAAAAGAAGAGAGCUUUCAUGGUGAAAACCAUAGCCCAUAGGAAUUCCUUUGGGGGCCGGAAGAUCACUUUCAAAAUCCUGAAAGAAUCUUAAUCCAUGUCAUUUUCACAGUUUUCCUCUUUCAAGUUUUGGGUUAAGGUGGUUUUAUAGUCUUGUAUGUCAAUUUAACAAGCAAGUCUCCAUACUAAGGUUCUAAUUGUGGUUUAUUCACCUUUGAAGUUUGAACCCCUUGGUUUUUAAAGAUUCUCUAAAAUUGGUUAGUGAUUACCAUUAGUCAAUACUGCCCUAUGAAUCUGACAUCUCCUUACGCUUUUAUACGUCGCAACUGACAUUUAGCACUUAAAACGAACGAGAUUAAUUGAUACGGUCCAAUAAAACGGUGAAAGAUGGAUCAGUAACACUGAGAUGUGUGAAACCAUCAAGAACAUGCUUACUCAACAUGGGUGGACCUCUAACAAGUUAACUGGAGCAUUAAUUGGAGAUUGGGAAAGGGUAUAUUCUUCUUUCUGGUGCUCAUCCAAAAGAGAAGCUGAUUGAUUCCCUUUGCCAUCCCAUUAUUGCACUCCAAAGAAAGCAACUUUGUUUCGUGGUGGUCUCUUUCUCAGAACCAGGACUGAAAGUGAGAAAGGGUGUCUCUCUCACACUCUUCUGCCAUGGUUCCUAGCUAGAAGGCUCUCUCUCACACACUUAUCAGGCUCCAAAUUGGGGCCAUAUGGAUGGAGACCUUAUAAUUGUAAUGUAUCAUUCAAGAGCAAGAAAGCUGAGUGAGUGAAUGACUUGUUGCCUGCCAAAAGUCUGAUGGAAAUCCUCACUUUCUGCUAGUAUUUGUUGUAUGUAUGUGUAUUUCUUUGUCCAUGUUUGCCGCAUCCAAGGUGCCCUUCUCGAUUGGCAUUAUGGCUCACUAUGUCAUCACUUGCUGGCUCAAUGUUUCAAACGGGAGCCUGCCCACUUGAAAGUUCACUGAGAGGUCAUCCUCAUUCAAAUUGGAAGGCUCUAUCAUACAAAUGUUGCGAAUUCAUCGUCGAAAUAGCAGAAUAUAUCUUCGGUGUUGAUUCAUCUCUGUUGGGUAUGAAGAAUACUACGUGUCUCGAGAAAAUGGUGGUACGAAACCGCACAAGAUGCCUUGGCAUCCCAUAGAUAGAGCAAUCGAGAGAUGUUCGCAUCUUUGAUGCACCGUGAUCUUCUCUUCGGGUUUAAUACUAGCUGAUGUUCGUAUUUAAUGUGUUCUAUAGAAUAGGGGGGCUUAUGUGACAGUUAUUCGUCAUCGAGAAGAAAACGAUAUCUUAUCU